CUGGCCUGCACCUUGGGCCUGCGCCUUUCUGCUGCUUGAUGCCGUGGUGGUGGUAUGCCUACUGCUCGCGCCCCGCCACUGACGACCUUUGACAAGCUGCCUUCAGAAAGCACACAUUCGAUGCUGCAGAUUAAGGCAAUAGGGAUGGGAUCAAAGCGGAAGGCUCGUGUUGAGGAGGAAUUGGCACUAGAGCAUGGCCUUACCUCGGAACAGCAAGAGACUGGCCACAAUGGAGAUGAGAAGGAGGCGGACGCUGGGGAGGAGACGGGGUUUGCGCGCGCCUUUCUGCAGAUCCUGAGCAAGGAGGGGCCGGAGGCUGGCGGGGCGGCCCCCAUCCUGGUGAAGCAGCACCGCGCAGUGGCAGCGGCGACGGAGGCGGAGCGUGCAGAGCAGGCAGGGCAGCAGGAGGCCAAGCGGCAGCGCAAAGAGCUGGUCGAGCUGGCGCACGUGCUGCCUGUGGCGGGGCCCACCCCCGCGGAGCGUGCGCUGCGCCAGGUGGCCACGCGGGGGGUGGUGCGCCUCUUCAAUGCGGUGGCCAAGGCACAAAAGGAGCAGGCGGCAGCGGCAGCGGCUCCAGAUGGGCCCCACAGAACAAAAGGAGCAGGCCGGCUGGACAAGCGCUCCUUUUUGGCGGAGCUGCGCGGAGUGGCGGGGGCAGCAGAGGGCAGCCCUGCACCGGAGCAGCGGCCAGGUGACGCACCGGCCGGGGGUGCGGCGGGGGCAGAGAGGGGCCCCAAAGGAGGGGAGCCUGGGGAUGUCAGGGAGGGGCGGCAGGCGGACCUCACCGAGGCGGGGCCGAGCGCUGGGGGCUGGGACGUGCUCCGCGACGACUUCUUGCUGGGCCGCCACAAGCUGGCGGACUGGGACCGGGGCGCGGAUGAGGCUCCAGCUGCCAGCCUGGACGAUAGUGACAGCGGGAGCGCGGGGAGCUUGGGAGAAAGUCAAUCAGAGAGCGAGUCAGAAGGAGACGACUGACGAAAGAGGUCGGUCCUGCAUUGCGGUGUGUUUGCGCUGUGCACAUAAAACGACUCAGAUAGCUGCCAAACGUUGCCUUUAUUCACGUCAUUCGAGCGGCAUGAAGGUGUUGGAUGUGGCGGCUUUUAUUCUCGGAAAACUUGGGACAUCAAGUGCGUCUAGCGGCUCACUUCCAUGCCGUCGGCCUUUCAAGAGUUGUCGUCAGUUCGAUACCCUUUUCAAAGGGACUCACAAGGGCGCUAUCAAUCCCAGCUGGAAGUUGAAGAGUCCCUGCUGCAGACAGACGGGCCCAUUCGGGACCAACUACUUUGCAUGCAUGCUACACUCGCGACGCAAACUUGAGCUUGGAUAACCACACAAGCAAUCAUAUCUUGAGUUCCGAAGAGGUUUCCAGUGCCUGCGCACAGCGCACAGGCUGACCAGCAACCGGUUGGGGUUGCUGCACACUACCCUCAACAGCCCGGAUCAAGCUAGGUACACCAGCUCAUUAUAACGACACGCGACACUUUGCAUUCACGAUCCGGCCUCAAUUAUUUCAGCAUGUCAGUAC